GACAAAGUAUCGUAGAAGUGGGACUACGAUGAUGUGAAAUCAAGAUAUUGUGGCUAUCUAGAUGCGACUGGGGCUCUAUCUUCGUACACAUUCGCUGUAGCUUGCACAACUAUUCCGGUGGCUAGAUUUUUAGUUAUCAGUUCGUACCAGGUAACGUGGGACAUUGAUCGGUAAAUCGGCGUGUGUGUGACUGUCACACGAUCAAGUGAACAUUACGUUGCCCUCAAAGUCCUCGGCUCUGUGACAUGUAUUCCAUUGAUCAGGGCGAACGAAAGUAACUGGUACACCAGAUCGAUUUUCGUUACAGUUGAAUCGUCGUUUUUGGCUGUUAAAUACUUGGAUUACACAUGGUCAUGAACCAGCCCUAUCAGCGUGUGAAAGGGACUAAAGAUUUUGUGUUAAUUUUGAGUCUUGACCGAGCUGGAAGUGUAAUGAAUUGAUGUGUUCAGAAGAUGUUAAGCAUGAAUGGACUAAAAGUUGGAAAAUACAUACCAAACAGCACCAUUAAGACUGACCCACUGACCAGUACCUACACUAUACAGAACAACAUUGGCAGGGGCAAGUUUGCUGUGGUGAAGAAAUGUAUACACAAUGAGACAAAGGAGGUGGUUGCUGCGAAGUUCAUCAAGAAGCGUCGCAAGGGGAAGACCUGCCGGGAAGAGAUUCUACGUGAAGUCGUGAUGCUGGAGCAAGCCCUGGCCCAUCCCAGACUGGUGGAUCUCCUGGAGGUGUAUGAGUCACCGCAGGAACUCAUCUUGGUCACUGAAUACUGUGCUGGUGGCGAGCUGUUUCAGGAAUGCGUCAUAGAGGAAUCGUUCCGUGAACACGACGUCAUCCGCUUCCUCAUUCAGAUUCUCGAGGGACUCACCUACCUUCAUGAGAGAAACAUCGUGCAUCUAGAUCUGAAGCCUCAGAACAUCUUGCUGACUGAACCAUUUCCAGGAGGCAAUAUAAAGAUUUGCGACCUGGGCUUCGCAUGCGUGGUAAACACUGGAGAAGACAUCAGGGACAUCAUAGGAACUCCAGAUUAUGUUGCGCCUGAAGUGUUGGACUAUGAACCUCUGGGGACUCCGACAGAUAUGUGGAGUCUGGGAGCGCUGACAUACGUGAUGCUGACGGCGUACUCUCCAUUCGCCGGGGACAACAACCAGGAGACGUUCUGCAACAUAACGCAGGUGAAACUCGACUUCCCGGACUCGUUGUUCGGUCACAUCAGCCCUGCUGCCCUGGAUUUCAUGAGGAGCCUACUCGUCAAAAACCCAAGAAAACGACUUACUGCAAGACAGUGCCUUGAACAUGAGUGGCUGAAGUCGAGCGUGAUAGCUGCUAAAGUCCCGUCCAUUCCAUCACCAUCUGAUGCGGCCUUCGCAAUCUCUCAGGACCUCGAAUCCACCGUCAAUUACUCCCGCAGACCUUCCAUUCCAGACCUGUCUGUCAAACCCCCACAGAAUGUUCGCUUGUCUGGCAGUUCACUGCCUUCAGCGAGGAAGAUGUCGGCCGAAAACUCGGAAAAUCGCAAAUUGUCAGAAAUUUCACCAGCUUCUGUCAUGUCUAAAAACCCUGAGAUUUUAGAUUGCUCAGAAAUGUUAACAAGUUCAUCGACAGAAAUGUUAACGAAAACUGCUCAGAAUUUAGAUUCUUCAGAAAUGUUACCGGAUUCAUUAACAGAAAUAUCGGCCACAACCUCUCAAACUUUAGAUUCCUCAGAAAUGUUAACAUCUUCAUCAACAGAAAUGUCUGCUAAAACCACUCAGAAUUUAAAUUCUUCAGAAAUGUUAUUGGUUUCAUCAGCAGAAAUGUGCACUAAAUUCUCUGAGAAUUCUGAAUCCUCGAUCAUUUCAGCACCUUCUUCUUCUUGUUCAGAAAUGUUCGACAAAGUGUCAACGAAUUCCGAAUUGUCUUUUAGUACUACGGCUGCUUCUUCGGAAGAGAAUCAUCAAAGAGAUGUAGAAAUCGAAGUGUUUACCGAUGAGCCACGAAACGGUUCAGAAGAAUUGCCGGUUGAUAAGUCAGACUGUAAGAGAAAAGACGUUUCCAUGGAAACCAGUGAAGAAUUAGAAUCGCCCACUGGUAGGAAAAAUGCAGAAAAUGAUCAGAGUAAUUCUCACAUAAGAGAAUCGACGAUAUCAAUUGUGCGCAGUGAUUUCAGUUUCGUGAAGACACUGACACUGAAGAUUGAAAACAAAAACAAACGUCACUCCAUGGAGAUUCCGAUGAAAAAACACAAGUGCAAUGACGAAAUGGAAAUUAACGACACUGAUUUCUGCAGCGAAAACUUUCGACUGAUUUCAAAUAAUAUCAAGCAACAUGAUGAAGAAAUGAACAACGGAGAGUGCACAGGACAGCAUUUUCCUUACAGUAAUAACACAACACCGAACAAUACAACCGCCAAAGUCUGUGUUCAAAGUGAGGGAAAUGAUAACAUGAAAGAAAUAGGUGAAAGUAGUGAUAAAGACGGUAGUACUUUAGUGUAUUUAGAAAAAUGCUCAGACAGUGAUGUAUAAUGUAAAUAUUAAAUUAAUUUACGUUGUUUUCUUUGUGUGAUUUGUGUACAUGUGUGCGUGCACCAGUCGGUUGUAUUAAAUGUGGCCAUUACAGACUUGUAAAACCUACAAAUGGGUAAGAUUUUUUUUAAUACCAAAUACUUGUGAAUUAGUCGCAGCAUAAUAACUCUGAUAACAAGAGCUGGAAAUGCUCUCUAUCAUCCAGUUAUGUCAAAUAUGCAUAAAGAUGCAAUGUCGCCUCCUGCUGUUAAUUGGUGAGAUUUUUCUUGAAUUCUGGGUUUUAUUGCAGGCCAAAAACUCUUCCUGUCUUUGUUCUUUCAUUAAAAGUUGACAAUAUCACAUUGCUUCUCAAGAUCCUCAAAGUUUUCCACUUUUAAAAAAAUCAGAUAUCAUUUUCACCUCGAUUAUAACAUCAUUUAUUAAAUAAGAAUUGUUUGUCAUUUUUAGUGUAUUUAUUGAUGUAUAACAGUUACAAAUUGCAUAAAAUUGCCUAGUGAAGCAAAGCGAUUUUAUACUAAAUUUAUGAUUGUCAACCAUUCAUAAAUUCACAAAAAAUUACAAACAUUCUUAUAAUAUGCAAACAACACAUAUUUGAUUAAAAAUGCAUAUAAUUCAGUUCAACGUCCUUUCAAUGACCUCUUGUAUGUAAUGACAUCUCAUUUGAUUUAAUGACGUAAUUUUCGGAGGUUUAUUGAAGGAUAGUAUUCAGUUUUUAAGUGAUGUUAGCCAGUCAUUUUUUGUGCUCUGUGAGUUACCUAACUAACACACUUGUCCAACAUUUUUCUAUAACAUUUACAUUCGAAAUUAGGUUUUAAAUCAACUGAUUUUUCAGUGAUAGUAUUUUAAUGUGCUGUGCAUCAAGUGUCCAAAAAUCAAUCUAGAACUGUUUGCAGCUUUUAAUUUCAGUACUUAACAGAUCAUCACAUAUCUGUUUGGCAGUUUGUGUAAUUUGAAAGUUGUAUAACAGACAUACAAACAGAAUAAAGGUUCACAUGAAAUAUUGUGCCAUGAAUUGUUAAGACUAUUGUACUGAAUUAUGGGGGAGGGGAGGGGAGGGGAGGGGGAUCUGACUGGUGUACAUGUUACUGUAUGUUUUCCAGUAGAAGUGCUAGUCCAGAUAGAAUCAUUUAGAACUUUGUGUGAUAAUGUUCAGCUACAAUGUAUGUGAAGCUAGUAGCAGGUUAGUGUGGUCCAUGAACACGACCUUGAACCAUAGAGCUUAAUAUUGUACGUGUGUCAAGUUGAAGUCACUUAUACCUCUGUUUUCAACACUAACACAUUGUGUGGCCAAUAUCGACUUUCAUUUUUAUUCAUGAUGCUUGAAACUCUCAACUGCUGACAUUUUUCUUGCUUGGAUUAAAACAUUAUGCACAUCCCAGUUUUGUGGAUAUUGUAAAGAUGGAAAAAUAAUGUGUGUGUGACUGUUUAGCAGGUGCUAGAAGAAAACUAAAUUUCCAUCCAAAACUAAAUGUUGGUAAAUUGUACUACUAUGGACUAUGUUAAAAUGUACCUAGAAGUUGUAUACGAGAAUAGAAAAUGUGUUGAGCUUUUCUGCAGAAGUUGUGUCAGAACAGUACUGAAUGUUUUGAAUGUGAUGGGUGGAACACAGACAUUUUGGCAAAUGUUAGUAAUUUAGUACAAUGUGUUUUGAAUAGCUGUUCUGUUCUGGCGAUUACUUUUGUGGAUUAGCAGAAAAACAUUUUCAUAUUUCAUUUACUUGUAGCUGUAUUAGAAAGCAAGGCAUCCAUUUUCAUUUAUGAUUGGGAAAGCCGACUUCUGAACAAACACAAACCUUACGUUUAACCAUCAGUAUUACUGUCUUGAAACCUGUUUACAGAGGCCAUUGUUAAUGAUUCCAAAUGUCUAAAGAUGGUCUUUAUACCCAGGUUAUCCUUUGCUGCUUUAUCGGUAAGGGUAAACCAGUGUGGCAAUAGUGGGUUUCUUCUCUAAUCUUUCCCAUGACCAAGGGUUGAAAUAACCAUAUGUUACAUUGUUAGACACUAAAUACUGAAAUAGUUGAAGUAAAAACGUGCCGACGUGUCGUUAAAUGAACAUUCCUUCCUCGGUCAUCAACAUAAGUAUAAAGUGUGGUAAUCUAUGUACAGUGACUUGUUCAGGAGGUCAAGCACUGGCGAACCGUUUGACUGGUAACCAUCAUCUUCUAUCAUAUCACAUUCGUGUAAUGUUAGGUGGAAAAAACAGUGUAGUAAGCAACCAUGAUUGCUCACCCUCCUAAUCCUUUUUUAAAUUAAAUUUUAAUUUAAAAAUUUAAUUGACCCAGAUCAAGAUGACAAUGUCAAGGAUUCUCCCUCCUGAACCUACCUCUGGUUACCAUGGUUUCCAACACAUUUAUUGAGUUUACAGUUCCCAUUCUUAUCACUGUAAAAUCUCUCAUGGACACAUUUUUGUUGAUUGACAUCACUGUUCUUGAACAUGUACUUGAUAUCUGAAUAACACACAUGAUCUAGAUGAUGUAGGCUUUUCUUUAAUAAGAUUUUGUGGAGAAUGAAGAAUCACUCUCGAGUUUCCGUGGUAACCUCCUGGUAAUCUGAACGGAUGUUCAUCACUUAUUAUGAUGCCCGUGGUGCACCUCUGCAGGUUGGGAUAAAAAAAAAAAAAUUGAUAGCGAGUCUGCAAUUUAAAAGUAAAAGCAUAUAGUUACGUUAUCACACCAUAUUUUUAUAGUUGGAUACUGAAAGACUGAUGUAAAGAAAAAUGGCUUUUUCACUCAUCAAAAUAUAGUAUGGAAAGAAGGUACUCUUUUUUUUUCUUUUUAAUAAAAUUUAUACAUGUUAUGCAAAUGGAUUGUAUUUCUUUGAUAGUGAACUUGUGAUUUGAAGUAAAAUGUACCGUAUCAUUCUGCGAACUAGUUUUUUCAGUAAUUAUUUUAAUAUAUUUUUGAAAAUGAGUUGAUCAAAUGUUAAAAUGAAAAGAAUUGGUCUCUGAUUCUGUCACUUUGUAACAGUACUUUUUAUUUAUUUUAAAAUUAUUUUUCAAUACCAGAUAAUUAUUUUUAUUUUAAUGUUUUUUUGAAAAUGAAAGUUGAUCAAAUGUGAUACUCUGAAAUUUAAGAGAAGAACUGGACUCUGAUUUAGUCACUUCGUACUUAUUUUUAUUUUGUUUUUAAAAUUUACCUCUUUAGUUUAUGAAUGUACAUGUAUGUGUGAUAAUCUAUUUUAAACAAUGCCUGCGAGUUAUCUGUUAUGUUUUACUAUUUCUGUCCAAAGUGCACUGUUGGAUAUAUGAUGUUGAUAGGACCACCUCAUGUUACAGUAUCAUGGCCUUUUCAAGAAUGUUACAUCUUCUUUUAAUGCACGGAACUACAGUGGAUCUCUGAUAUUACUUGUGUGUUCUGUUAUCAUCUGAUAUCAUCAGCUAUCUUCUGAUAUCAUAAGCUAUCAUCUGGUAUCAUCAGCUAUCUUGCCAUAACUCAACACAUUCCUGUUGCCGGUUUAACACUGAAAAUUUUAGAAAAUGAACAUCACUUGAAGACUGAUGUUCUGUUGAUUUAUUACACAAAGAAAUGAUCAUACCAAUUUACAAACAUAAACUGAACUGAUCUUUGAAAAUCUGAAAACACUAUAAACUGAAAUUCCAUAAAGAUAAUUUUUCAGUAUUUCAGAUCAAAUUCAGUCUACUUUGUGAAAAUUAUUAAAUACAUACAUGUACAAAAUACAAAAAUUAAAAGGUUGAAAUUAUGUGUAAGUUUUUAUUUAUAAUUUAAAAUAGUGGUGAAAUUGUGUCAGUGGACAAGAUAUCAGAGAAGGACAAGUAACACGAUGAUGUGUUUAUUUCAACAUGUUUCAGUGUUAAACUUAAAACUAUUUCAAAGGUAGCUUUUUAAAAAUCUUCUGCACAUUUUUAGUUGGAUUUAUUUAAAACCUAAAACUGCAUUUUGUUAGGAUUCCCCCCCCCCCCCCCCCCCCCCCCCCCCCCCCCCCCCCCC